UACUCUAUGCCAAUAUGGUUGUGAAUGUGUGCUUUGACCGCGACAAAAUGUACAGAGUAGGAGGUUCUUACGAUUAGGUUAUAUUUAAAGUGUUUAUCUUUCUAAUAAAUGUCGAUCAAUUAUAGUUAAUUACAACAGUGGUUAGUACUGUGAAAAAAGUAGUUACAACAUGCAACAAUGAAGAAAUUCAACGAAUUAUUUACAGUCUGUUUUUUAUUGCACUAUUUGUAUAGUGUUUGUACAACUCACUUGCUCAUAAAUGUUAAAAAUCAGGGUGGUGAUAUUCUAUUGGAAACGAUUUCUUCCAAUGUUAGUGAAGAUGUUAUUACCUUAGAAUUUCAAUGUUCAGAUGGUACUUUAGUGACACAACUCAUUGAUUUCAAAAAUGAAGUUCAAAUAAUAAAAGCUUUAGUUCUUGGUGAAGAAGAACGUGGUCAAAAUCAAUAUCAAGUUUUAUGCUUUGUUAAUCAUUUUUUCAAAGUGGAUUUCAUAUCAUCUGAUGCUAUGUCUAAAUUACGGCAAAAAAAUCCAGGCACUGUGCGUGUUGCAGAAGAAGAUAAAGGUCACGUGAAUUAUACCAUGGAUUUAUUCUUAGAUGUAUCUGAAUCCAAAGAUAUUUCUAAACACAUUGCAACUCUUUGUGGAGAAGCAGCUGGAUCUGCUUAUACUAGAAAUGAAGAUAUAAAACAGUGGAUUCAAAGACCUGGCUCAUCCGAACUUUCACUCAUGGCAGCUGUGUAUAACUUCAGCACAAAUUCUAUAACGCAAGGUACAAACGAUUCAAGAUCGUUAUUUGUAACACGAUGUGCAGACACAUCGAAUAUGUGGGCACCUUGUACAUGUUCAUUAGAAUUAUGUAUUGGUUGGUACCCAUGUGGUUUAAAAUUUUGCAAAGGCAAAGGUGAUGGUAAAAAAGCAGCCGCUCCAUAUAAAUGUGGCAUUAAAACUUGUAAAAAAUGUUUUAUAUUCUCAUACUAUUCUAAAAUGAAGCAGAAUUGUUUAUGGGAUGAAUGACACAUAAGAACACUGUAGAUAUAUAGGUUUUAAUUUAUGAAAGAGGGCAAGAUUAUUCAAAUUAUCAGAAAGCAAAACUACCUUUGACAUAUUAAUUUAUCACAUAUACAUUAACAAAAAUCAUCCUAUAGUAUAAUUUCAAUUUCAUUUUCUUUUUAAUAUUAUUAUGCUCAUCAUAAAUGCUUUAAAAAGUAAACAUUUGUAACAAAAGGUACCUUUGCUACUUAUAUAUCUUUGUCAAAUCAUCAUUGAUCUCACCAAAUUUUUAACUUUAUUUCGUCUGUACAUAUCAAGUAUUAAUUGUGCUCACUCUUAUCAGGGUAUAUCGACUUGUUCAUUAUAAUGACAUUUUGGAGUAAUUUCAUUUUGAACAAUUUUUAAGGUAUUAUUUUUCUAUUUCAUUUGAAAAGUUGUCGUAAAUAUGUAAUAUAUAUAUUCCAUUUCACAAUAUCUAUUUGAGAAGAAGACUAGUAUGGAUCAGAUGAUUUAGAUAUAAUGGUCGCAAAAUUUUUAAAUUUGCUCUGUCCAUUAGUGGGGCUCCUGUACCACCUGUCAUUUAUAGUAAAGGGAAUCUCUCACUAGCAGUGAGACUGAAGACAGUUGUGAGUAUUAGUAUCAUCUUCGCGGGUUGAUAUUAAUUAUAUGCUUUCUAAAUGUCAGUGUUUUUCUAUAAAAAUAUAGGAUCGGUAUCGGGGCUUCCAUAAUGACGGAAGCAGGUUAGAAGUAUGUUCUUGGUACAUGUACCAGGGCGUCGGCAGACCUAUGUUAGAUAAAUUCUUACUUUUAUAGGCUGUACUGAAUGGAUGCAUUUGUAACAGUAAUAUUUGUAUUUUACUAGGAUAACUAACAAAAUAUUUUAUAGGGAGAACAAGGUACGGUAAAAGAAGGAACUAUUAAAAAAAGAAAAAGCAAAACUAAUUCUAAAAGACUUACUUAGUUGUCAUAUCUUGUUAUAUGAAAAUUAUUUAAGUUUACAUUUAUCAUUCAUCACAUUCCCAAACUAGUAUUUGCCUGCAUUUAUCAAAAAUGUAAUCAUUCCUAACAUACCUUACAUUAUAUGCACAAUGUGUCUUACAAAAUAUGUACUACUGAACAUACAUACUUGGUCACAAAGCAACAAUGUUUAUUGCAUAUUAGAGGGCGUAAAAUUGUUCGAGAAAUUUGAACAGACUGUUUUUAUUAACUGUUCACAGCCGGAUAAAACAGAGGCUAGCAAUAAAUAUUUGUGUGUAUACGUCAUGAACACUAGGUUACAAAUAAUCCAUUCAGAGUAACAUGAAGACUUUCGCGUCUAAUUUACCCACGUGUAGUAGUGCCACAAUGCAUUAAAGUGCAUCUAGUCUAAGUUCAUACACGUAAUUUUUUCUUAUUCUAUUAGAAAUAUAAAAGAGUUGCUCAAUUUAUAAUACAAAUUGAGAAAUAUACUGUUGGAAUGGAAUUUUUUAUGAGAUUAUUACUGAGAGAAAGUGUGUCGAUAAAUAUAGACUUUUCAAACCUAAAUGCAUUUAACGAAAUAAGUAAACUAUACUUUUUCGGCUGUUUAAUUAAUGUUUAUUUAUUUUCAUGCAUAAUAGUGAUAAAUUAAUAUAAAAUCUAAUUUUAAUAAAUUGCUACAAAUAAACUUAUAUUAUACAAACAAUAUUAAAUGUUAAAGUUAUCAAUUUAUAUUUAACGUAAUGUUUAUCAUUAGUUUGAAGAUAUCAAAGUCAAUACCGAAUUUUCUGUAAGUGGUAAUUUGGUGCAAUGUAUUUUAAGGCUGGUACUAUAUCUAUUAUUAUCCUCCUCAAAAUUAAAUAAUUCAUAUCUCAACAAGUUUUUUAUAUUUCUAGUGAUUUGUAAAAAAUGAUUACGUGUGUUUGCUUGGCACUAAAUGCACUGGUAUCUGUACAGAAUUUUAUACAUGACAUGUAAGGCUGCCAUUUAUAUGUGUAAAUUAAGUUCGAAUUGUACAUAACAUAGGAGAAGAAGCACGCGCUGAUGCAAAAUAUAAACGUUGAGGGCACGUGAGAAUGAAUUAAGUCUUUGUAUAUACAGAUCGUUUGUUAAUAACUGAAACGUGUACAAUUCGUAGGAUAUACAUUAUAUAUAAAAUAUUCAGUGAGUAAAAAGUAUUGUUGACUUGUAUGGAAUAAAAAUUCAUUAUUUGUACAAAGAGGGCGCUUGGUAUUUAAAUGAGAGAGAUAAAAAAUGGGAGUAUACGUUUCAUAGCAAACCACUAUAAACAAGACUGCAAUAUCUGUCCAAUUUAAUAAUAAACAUAUUAUAUAUACAUGUUGCAAUUCACCGCGCUUCCUCACCGACACAAAAUCGUAUUUAACGUAAUUCCUAGCAUAAGCGAACAAAUGAGCAAAAAGAUAAUAAGUAUAUAUACACAUAUAUUGCACAUACUUACAUCUAUAAUCGAACAUCUAUGAAACAUGUAAGCGUUAAACGACACCCGUCGUUAUCGAUUCACUCAUGUCUGUACCACCUAACGAUUGUAUACUAUGUUUCACUAAAAGAUGAAGGAACGAAGAAAAUAGUACCACAGUCUUCACCGGGAAUGAACUGCAUCUGCGUAUGAGUCAGUGCGAUAUAAUUCGAUUAAGUAAUUUAUACCCGGACUGUGUAAUCGGUUAAGUUUGCAAACAGCAAUAUAAAUUUGUACAUUGUGUAUAUAAGUACCUACGAACUAUAGGGUGACUCACAAAAGAUGGAGUACACAGAUAAUCUUUGUCCUGUUUGUCUUGGAAGCAUAGCCAAAAGCGUAAAACACAGUCUAAGAAUUUUUGAGAAAAUUAUUUAAAAAAAUCUUGUUUGAUUUCCAAUGCUAUCAUUGUUUUUAUGUAAAUAUGUACAUUAUUAUUUCUGUAUGAUAGUUUGUAUAAAAUUGGAUCCAGUGAUACUGUUUUAUGAAUCUUCAUAAUGAGGCUACCAAUUCUCAGCAUUAUAAAUGAUGAAAAUUUGAUGUCUCACUAAAACUGAAUCUUUAAUUUUCUUUGAAAAAGAAUUGUAAGGCUUUAAGAAAAUUGACUGGAAUUUUGACAGAAUAUUGCGUUUAUCAUAUUUAUUCCUGAAAAAUAUUUGAUUUAUUAAAAGAUUUGGAUGGUCAGUUUCUUGUGAAUCAUCUUGUAUACUUAAUUACCAAACAUGGUAUAGACAAAUUGCAGAAUAUUCAAGAUGUUACUGUUAGUAUCUCGAUAAAUUAUAUGUGUCAUUUAAUAUGCAUGAUUAACAAACCAGAAAAGAAAAGAAAGAAACAUAAAAAGAAAUUCACACGAAUAACAUAAGACAUAAGGGUAUAGACAUUAAUUAAUGAUAUGGUCCAACUUAAGGAAAAUAUUUCAAACACUUGUUCCUGUUUGAAAGAAUUUCAUACUAUGUUAAAGCUUUCUCUUUCUCUCUCUUUCUCUCGAAUAACGAAGGCACUGAUUUAUUACCUUUAACUUGCGAACACACACACUGUUAUGAGAUUUCAUUUUGGCUAACACUAUAGGGGGCUGGGAAACGGGUAUAGUAAGGGGAUAUACUAAUAGCAUUUAAACAUUUUACUAUCGAUACUUCGAAUCGAAACUAGAUGUUACUCACCGUGUAUAAUUUCAGCUUUACACGUAACAUUGUAACUUAUACACAUAUUUUUUAUAUAUAUUUAAUAAAAAGAACGAGUAAGCAA